CCGGAGCAGCGGCCGCUUCAGCGACUCGGCCCGCCGCCCCCCGCCCGGCGCGCCUCAGCCUGUGCUCACGCCGAGCGGCGGGAGCCGCCGCGCGCUGAGAGGCGCUUGCCCGUGGCCGGAGUCGGAGCGAGGGGAGAGCGGGCGAGCGGGCGAGCGCGGCGGGGAGAUGUGCCCGGAGGAGGGCGGCGCGGCCGGGCUGGGCGAGCUCCGCUCCUGGUGGGAAGUCCCGGCCAUCGCGCACUUCUGCUCGCUCUUUCGCACGGCGUUCCGCCUGCCCGACUUCGAGAUCGAGGAAUUAGAGGCAGCUCUUCACAGAGAUGACUCAGAGUUUAUCAGUGAUCUGAUUGCCUGCCUGCUUCAGGGCUGCUAUCAGCGAAGGGAUAUCACGCCUCAGACAUUCCACAGCUACCUGGAAGACAUCAUUAACUAUCGUUGGGAGCUUGAAGAAGGAAAGCCCAAUCCUCUGAGAGAAGCCAGUUUCCAGGACCUUCCUCUGCGCACUCGGGUAGAGAUCCUGCAUCGCCUCUGUGAUUACCGGCUAGAUGCAGAUGAUGUCUUUGAUCUUCUCAAGGGUCUAGAUGCAGACAGUCUCCGAGUAGAGCCUCUGGGUGAAGACAAUUCAGGUGCACUCUACUGGUACUUCUAUGGGACACGAAUGUACAAAGAAGACCCAGUACAAGGAAGGUCCAAUGGAGAACUCUCCUUGAUCAGGGAAAGUGAAAGACAAAAAAAUGUCUCAAAUGUUCCUGGAAAAACAGGCAAAAGAAGAGGAAGGCCUCCAAAAAGGAAAAAAGUACAGGAGGAGAUUAUAUCGAGUGAAAAACAGGAAGAAAACUCCUUGGCAUCUGACCUACAGACAAGAAAUGGGUCCCGAGGGCCAGGCCAAGGUACUUGGUGGCUCCUGUGUCAAACGGAAGAAGAAUGGAGACAGGUCACUGAGAGCUUCCGAGAGAGGACCUCUCUCCGAGAGCGGCAACUCUACAAGCUGCUCAGUGAGGACUUCCUGCCUGAAAUCUGUAACAUGAUUGCCCAGAAGGGAAAACGUCCACAGCGCACAAAGCCAGAAUUGCAACAUAGGUUUAUGUCUGACCAUCUGUCCAUCAAAUCCAUCAAGCUAGAGGAGACUCCCAUGCUCACCAAGAUAGAGAAACAGAAGCGCAAGGAGGAGGAGGAGGAGCGGCAACUCCUGCUGGCGGUGCAGAAGAAGGAGCAGGAGCAGAUGCUGAAAGAGGAGAGGAAGCGGGAACUGGAGGAAAAGGUCAAGGCAGUGGAAGAUCGAGCUAAGAGGAGAAAGCUCAGGGAAGAGCGAGCGUGGUUGCUGGCUCAAGGCAAGGAGCUACCCCCAGAACUUUCCCAUUUGGACGCAAAUUCUCCUAUGAGGGAAGAAAAGAAGACCAAGGACCUCUUUGAGCUGGAUGACGAUUUCACUGCCAUGUAUAAAGUUCUAGAUGUGGUAAAGGCUCACAAGGAUUCCUGGCCCUUCUUGGAACCUGUGGAUGAAUCUUAUGCCCCCAACUAUUACCAGAUUAUUAAGAUCCCCAUGGAUAUUUCAAGCAUGGAGAAGAAACUAAAUGGAGGUUUAUAUUGUACCAAGGAGGAAUUUGUAAAUGACAUGAAGACCAUGUUCAGGAAUUGUCGGAAAUACAAUGGGGACAGCAGUGAGUAUACCAAGAUGUCUGAUAAUUUAGAGCGCUGUUUUCAUCGGGCCAUGACAAAGCAUUUUCCUGGUGAAGAUGGAGACACAGAUGAAGAAUUUUGGAUCAGAGAGGAUGAAAAACGGGAAAAAAGGAGGAGUCGGGCUGGUCGAAGUAGUGGAAGCCAUGUUUGGACGCGCUCUAGAGACUCAGAAGGGCCCAGCAGGAAGCAGCCACCAGUGGAGAAUGGAGGAAAAUCGCUGCCCCCUGCACGCCGAGCUGCCUCCUCAGGGGAUGAUCAGAGUAACAGUUCUAUACAGCUCCCUCCAGAGGUGGGCACAUCAAAUGGCCAAGGCUUUUCCCGACCCCUGCACUGUAGCAGAGUGCCUAGCCAGGCACCCCCUCUAAACCAGAUGAGGCCAGCAGCACCAGGGACAUUUGGCUCUCUUCAAGGAUCAGAUCCCACCAACUUAUAUGGCUCCUCUCGAGUCCCAGAGGUGUCCUCAGGAGAUUCCUUGCAGCACCCACCCUUUGCUAUACAGGCUCCAGUGGGAAUAAGUAACCACCGAGGAACCCAGCUCAGUGCUCCUAAGGAAAAGAUGUGCGGGGGUCUAACACACCUUUCCAGUAUGGGAUCUCAGCCCCCCUCCCUGCAGCUUGGGCAGAUGAGUUGUCCCAGUCAAGAUGGAAACAUUUAUCCACCAGCUCCUUUCCAGGCAGGAUUUAUUCCUUCUAGGCCUGGUGGGACUCCAGCCCGACCCCCAGACUUCCCUGAAAGCUCAGAAAUUCCUCCCAGUCACAUUUAUCAUUCAUACAAGUACCUGAAUCGAGUACACCCUGCUGUCUGGAAUGGGAACCAUGGUGCUACGAACUCAGGACGUUUGGGGCCAGAUGAGAAGCCCCACCUGGGGCCAGGACCCUCUCACCACCCUCCUACCCUUGGUCAUGUGAUGGAUGCCCGAGUGAUGAGACCACCUAUCCCACCAAACCAGUGGACUAAACAGUCAAGCUUUCUACCUCAUGGAGUUCCUUCCUCGGGGUAUAUGCAACCAGCCUGUAAGUCUGCUGGACAUCGGUUGCAGCCACCUCCAGCUCCAGCACCAAGUCCUCUGUUUGGAGGACCCUCCCAGGCCCUCCGGGGAGUGCAAGGAGGGGAAUCCAUGAUGGACAGUCCUGAAAUGAUCGCCAUGCAACAGCUGUCCUCCCGAGUCUGUCCCCCAGGUGUGCCUUACCACCCCCGCCAGCCCACUCCUCCCCAGUUACCUGGUCCCUUUCCACAGGCAGCUCAUUCAGCAUCAGUGUGUGUGUCAGUCCCCAAGCCUGCUUUGGACAACCCUGGGAGCACACAGGAUGUCAGUGAGACACAAGAGCCUGAGAAUGACCGAGCAGAGCCUUUGCCUAGGCUUGAAGAGAAAACAGCAAGUGUUUGUGCUUCAGAGGGGGUGUACCUCAAACAGCUACCUCACCAGACACCUCCCCUGCAAGCCAACUGUACCAGGCAAAGUUCACCACAAGAGAGGGAGACAGAGGGCUCGGAACUCAAAAGUGAUGCUCCAGAAACUGCAGACGCUUACAAAGCAUCGAAGAGCAAGAACUCCUGGCCUUUGGACCGUAGCUACACCAGCCCAGCUGUGCAGGGUGGUUUGAGAGACCUCUCUAUGGUGGCAGACAGAGGGACUCUACCUGAAAAUGGGCUUGUUGAUGAAACAUCUCCUUGUAGGUCAGAAGGGAAGGGCCUUGGUGGCAGUGGUUCAGAAAAGCCACUCUGCCCCAGGGGUAAAACAUUGCAGGAAACCAUGUCAGGUACAGGACAGAAUGCGACUACACCUCCUUCCGCAGACCCCAAUUUGAUGACAGGCACUAUAAAUCAGUUUUCUCCCUUGUACAUGCCUGGCCUAGAAUACUCUAAUUCAGCUACACAUUACCAUAUGAAUCCAGGUCUGCAAGGCUUGGGCCCUAUGAUGGGAGGAAAGUCCCCAGGAUCACAUCCUCAGCCCUUCUCUCCCAGGGGCUUCCAGCCUAACAGUCCCCAUCCUGGACUCUUUCCCCAAUACCGCCCCCAGCAGGGAAUGAGGUAUGCCUACCAGGCAUCGUCUCAGCCCUCAUACCACCCCUAUCAGCGGACUUCUUAUUACACAUGUCCACAGGGCUUUUCUGAUUGGCAGAGAUCUCUCCCUUCACAGAGAAGCCCAAGUGAAGCCCCAGGGAGUCACCCCCCACGCCCUCUCUUCUCAGAUAAGAAUGCCUUGUCUAGUCUGCAAGGCUGUGAGACACUUAAUGCUGCCUUAACUUCUCCAACUCAAAUGGAUGCAGUGGCUGCUAAAGUUGUCCCAUCUGAUGGACAGAAUCCUGGUCCAGAGGAAGAAAAGCUGGAUGAAUCUGUGGAGAGGCCAGAGAGUCCCAAAGAAUUUCUAGAUCUGGACAACCAUAAUGCAGCUACCAAGCGGCAGAGCUCACUAUCUACGAAUGACUAUCUUUAUGGAACUCCACCUCCACCUCUGAGUUCAGGAAUGACUUUUGGCUCACCCGCUUUCCCACCCCACAGUGUGAUGCUGCAGACAGGGUCUCCUUAUACCCCUCAGCGUCCAGCCAGUCACUUUCAACCCAGGGCAUACCCAUCUCCUGUAGCUGCGCAUCCACCUCCCCAUCCGGUGGUCACCCAGCCGAAUGGCCUCUCUCCAGAGGGCCCCCUCUACCGCUGUCAGGAAGAGGGCAUAGGUCACUUUCAGGCUGCAGUGAUGGAGCAGGCUGGCACUGGAAGCGGAAUAAGAGGCCCUUUCCAAGAAGUGCACAGACCAUCAGGAAUGCACAUGCAUCCAAUCCAGUCACAGUCCUUAUUCCCAAAGACCCCGGCACCUGCAGCAUCACCGGAACAGUUGCCACCACAUAAGCCCCCAACACUUCCUCUGGAUCAGAGCUAGUCCACGGAGGAAAUAACCCCCAAGGAAAUGGACAGCUGCACAUGAAGACGUACAGGCCUUGGAGGAUUUGGAGGAGUGACUGCUGUGCACCUCUGCUCUGCCAUCCUGUUCCAGCUCUUCUAUGAAGCCUAGCAUCCUCUGAGCUUGAACUCCUGGCCUGUAGAUGCACUCUAGAUGGCUGACACAGGCCCGCGGCUGGGAUCACCUGCACAGCUGACACUUAGCAAGAGCAAGUGGACCUGGAGUUCUUGGUGGCUUCUCCAAAUCUCAAGACUCUUGUUCAGGGAAAAAUCACUUUAACCUUGGGUGGAGGGUACAUGUAAGGAUGGAGUGGUGCUUUUAAACUUUCAUGAGCA